AUAAUAUUUUGGAUUACUAGUAAAUGGAUCAAUUUGACGAAAACUUACCUGAUGAAUUACUCAAUGAAGGUGCUGUUGUUCUAAGAGUCAAAACAACAUCACAUCUGACACAGAACAUGUCAUGAACACCAUUCAAGUCAACUAAAGCAGUACACUUAGUCUCCCAAGUUUGAUUAAAGAAGCAUAAUCAGGACACUUCCAACAAAAAGCCUAUCAUCGGAACUAAACUUCCUUCAAAGAAAAUUCAUUCUCAAGGGCCUCCUUGAAAUUCUCAAGUACAGAUGGAUAUCAGAUCUUUACUCCAGAAAGCAAUCAAGAUCAGGAAUUUCUAUGCUGAUGACUCUGAUAGCUCAGGAUCAUCUCCAUUUAAUUUUGCGGCUAAAUUACACCCAGAGCUUGAAGAUUUUAAUGAUGUUCCGGUAAUAAAAAGAGGCCGAUUGGAGAAGCAUCAUAGCUUUAAAAAUAUUGAUAUAACAAUGAGGGACAUUAAGAGUGCUCAAUAA